CCCUUACCAUGAAUCCUGCGUUCGUGAUUAUUCGCCAGUCAUAGCAAGGAUCGGCAUACAAUUUCUCUGCCCGUGGUCCGGUGAUAUAUCACACGGCCGUUGCAUGACAGGUCCUCGUUGUUUUUGCCAGACCAAUAGAGUAGAUUUAACCGUUGUGCUGAUGAUGGAUGUAGUAACCUCCCCCUUUCCAUCGGUCGCCAUUCCGGAUGUCGAUCUUUGGAGUUUUCUCUUCGAGCGAGCUGAUCGGCCAUAUCCGGCUGAUAAAGUUCUGUUCACCGCCGCCGACACUGAGCGGUGUCUCACGUAUACGCAAAUCCGCCAACGGGCGCUGACCUUCGGCCACUCCCUGCGUCGAAAAUGGGAUUGGCAGAAAGGCGAUGUUCUAGUCGUCUUCACCACGAACUCAAUCGAUGUGCCGCCCGUCGUUUGGGGUACCCUUGCCAUCGGCGGCGUGGUCUGUCCGGUGAACCCUAACUACCGCGCGGAGGAGCUGCUGCAUCCCUUACAAGAUAGCGAGGCCAGGGCUCUCGUAACACAGCGGGCUCAAGCGACGGUGGCCUUUCAGGCUGCCAAACGGGCUGGUCUCCCCCGCGACCGUGUGAUAGUUCUAGAUGAGCUAACAGAAGAUGAUCUCGACCAUGGGAGAGUGAAUGGGCCACAUUCGGCCCCGAUUGACCGUCCAGCGGAGGAUUUGGCUUUCUUAGUCUACUCAUCCGGCACGACCGGACUCCCCAAGGCUGUGAUGCUUUCGCAUCGCAACAUGAUCGCAAACUUGCUGCAGACUGCAUCGGUCGAUAACGGCGUGCUGGCAUGGAAUGGAGGCAUGCACGGCGAGGGCGAUAGCACCCUGGCUUUGUUGCCUUUCUUUCAUAUCUAUGGCAUCACAUAUCUUCUCAACCAUACCGUGUACCUCGGUCUAUCGACAUUCGUCAUGCCCAGAUUUCAAUUCGAUCCAUUCUGCGCCGCCAUUCAGAAACAUCGAAUCACCUACGCAUAUGUUGUUCCGCCGAUCAUUCUAGAACUGGUGUCUAAUCCUCGUAUCACUGAGUAUGACCUCAGCUCGCUGCGGAUGAUGCUCUCCGCUGCUGCGCCGCUGGCGGUGGAGUUAAUCCAAACUUUGCAUCAGAAGCUCAAUAUCAACGUCCGCCAGGCGUACGGGAUGAGUGAAUGUGCUCCAUGUACGCACAUGCAGGUAAUUAUUGAGUGCCAGACAAUAACUUUGGGCCGCAACUAAUGAUUGUUCUAGACCUGGAACGAGACACACACCCACCUGGGCUCCGUUGGUCGUCUUCUCCCGAAUAUGACUGCCAAGUAUGCCCCGGUUGAGGGGGAGACAGGACGGCCUAAAGAGCUCUGGGUCAAAGGACCGAAUGUCUUUCUUGGAUAUCUGAAUAAUCCGAAGGCCAACGGUGAAUCCUUUUCUGAAGAUGGAUAUUACAAGACUGGUGAUGUGGGAUACGAGGAUGAGAGUGGCCACUUCUACAUCACCGACCGAGUGAAGGAGUUGAUCAAGUAUAAUGGUUUCCAGGUGGCACCGGCUGAACUCGAGGCCAUCGCGCUAUGGCAUCCUGCCAUCGCAGAUGUAGCUGUGACGGGGAUCAAGGACGGCCAGUCGGGGACAGAACUGCCCCGAGCAUAUGUGGUUGUGGCGCCGGGAUACGAGGGCAGCCAGAACACAGCUGAUGCUAUAUAUCAGUAUGUGAGUGAUCAGGUGAUAAAUUAUAAGCGCUUGCGUGGAGGAGUGCGUUUUGUGCCGGCUAUUCCACGAAACCCAUCCGGGAAGAUCUUGCGACGAGAACUCAAGAAGUUGGAUCGAGUGGUCAAGCUGUAGCUUCCAUGCUUCAUUGCCCACUUGUGGAUUGUAUAGCUCUAAUGUAGAGAAAUAGAGAGCAUUGUGUCCGGAGGAAUGUUCC